AUGAAAACAAACGUGUGCGGACAAUCGAGCGGCCUGGCAUCAAGUGGGCUCUUGUCUGUGUUGUAUACUGGUGGGGGUGAGCAGACGAGCCUUGAGGGCUGCACCGCGAAGGUGGCAGUAAUUGACGGCCUCAAGCGUUGCCAGCCCCUCGAGGUUCUGGUCGUGGCGGACCGGAAGGACCUUGCGAAGCCAGCCAAGCGGUUCGACCUUGGACAGCAUGGGGUCCGACUGAUAGUGUUGCCGCCAAUGGGCCUAGAUGGCGAAGGUGACGAUGCAACCGUGUGCAAGUUCGAGGAUGAGCGCCGACAGCGCGGCAAGCAACAUGAUCGGUCAACCCUGAUUGAUACUGGCGCAGCUGAUUUCCACCGUGCCGUUGACUCCUUAGCGACCAGCAUUUGGGAAGGUUUGGUGUCAUCCAAGAAUCCCCUCCACGCCUUGGACAAGCGAGUUGCGGACCGAAUUUUCGAGGACAUUGUGCCGAGGAGUAUGGCGCCGGCGCGACCCGUGGAAGGCACUCGGCGACCCUUUAUUAAGAAGUGGCGGUCGGUAACUGAGCAGGACUGCGAAUUGCUCUGGAAGCAGCACUUGAGCGCCCAGGAAACGAACCCGAAAAUGCGCGAAGUAGAAGACGACGAAUUGGCAGCCUUGAACAAGAUUACAAUCCUCGCCUCACUUCCCAAGGAACCCGGAUCGCGCUCGUCCUCCAAACCCCGCUCCUGCUCCAGCAUGCUGUGUCGGAAAGCAGUGGAAUGGAUCCUUGUAGGGAUUGCAGGCAUAGCCCUGCAACAGUGGGCUGAAUCACUUGGCUAUUGGAGCGGCAUCAAGAGCAUCUGGAGCCCCCUAGUCGACGGCACUGUCAUGGCCAAUGGCACCGCCGUGGGCAAUGAAACUAUCCCCAUGACCCACGCUCUGCACCAAGUGGUCGAGGCUCCAAGCGUCUUGCAGAUAAUGUUGAACAACUUUAGACAAGUAGCGCAGGACUUCGUAAGCGACUUGAGGCUGGCCGAAAACCGUAACCCGAACUUAACGGAGUUCUCGAACUUGACGGAGUUCUCGAACUUGACGGAGUUCUCGAACUUGACACAAGCCAAGCUGCCUAUGGGUCAGUGGGUGAAUCAUGAUUCGUUGAAUAGGUACGGAUUGUUCGUAGACCCUAAGACGACAAUUGACCUGCAGUCGUAUCGCGCGCCGAACGCCGUGUGCGUGGAUAUGUUUUAUAACCGGGCGAAGACAGACGUAAAAGUUCGAGAACUUAUGUUGACGGACCACGAGCUUUGCGGCAAGGAGAAUAAUGGUACUCUGAUGUGUCAAAACUUGAUAGUACGCAACCCCCAGUGUUUCCAGUUUGUGUCCGGAGACGCGAAGGAUCCACGCGGUCUAUAUUUCUUGUGGGACAUGAUUGAUAGAAUCUUUGGUCGUGAAAAAGGCGACAAGGACUGCGUCAUUCGUUGCGACCAUGCCGACGUAAUGAAAGAACGGAUGUUCAGUCGGAUCAUAGCUUCAGCUAGACUCUUUGAUCCGGCUGACAAGAUGCGACUGUUCCGUACGACUGAUGCAACCCCAACCAUGAACUUAACACAGACCCAGAACUGA